UUUUAACCACAUUCAGACUUUAUGUAAAGAUGAGACACGGGUGUACAUCACACCCUUCCCCACUCCUGGAUUCCUCCAGAAGAGAGUUUUGUCACAUGUGUAGAGGAGGGAGUGGGGUCACCCUGACAGUCAGGCUGAUGGGGUGUGCUGCAGGGUGUAUCUACCACACCGUUUGGGUUUAGCCUAGGUCUGUCUUUGAAAACUGAGCUCCUGCUGGCCUCCAUAGCCCCAGGGUGACACCUCUGCCUGUUCUCCAGGCAUGUUGCUCACACCUCGAGGUCUUGGCCAACAGCAAAUUGAAUAUGAGUCAGCAGUGCCCUGAAGGUAGUGCCACAUGAAGGUGGUGAAGAGCCCAGAGGAGCCUUAUCAGGAGCUGCUGAGGGAGCUUGGGUUGUUCAGCCUGAAGGAGACUGAGGUCAAACCUCACUGGGGUCUGCAGCUUCCUCCUGAGGGGCAGCAGAGAGGCAGCUUCAUCUCUGCUCUCUGUGCUAGUGACAGAAUUGGAGGAAAUGUCUGGAGCUGUGUCAGGGGAGGUUCAGGUUUAGGUUGGAUAUUAGGAAAAGGUUCUUCCCCCAGAGGGUGGUUGAGCACUGGAACAGGAAAUGAUCACAGCUCCAACCCUGCCAGAGCUCCAGAAGCAUUUGGACAACACUUCUAUGAUUCUCUGAUUCUGAAAAGGACACGAGCUAUCCUUCAAUAGCCACAAGUUUAAUUUCUCUUGGAAACAAAUGACACAACAUCCUCUUGACUCUCCAUAUUCCCAACUCAAAACAUGAAAAUUAUAAACUAGACCCUAAAAUUAUUGUAUUAUAAAUUAUUUUAUUCUCUAAAACUACACAAUGUAUAGACUUAUUAAUGUAUUCAGGAUUUCUCGACAACUGGAAAAAUUUUUUGAAAAUUUAAGCUGAAAUUCAUUGUCAGUUUCUACAACCUGGCAACUGAAACUGUGAAGAAAACACUAAAUGUCACAACAAUUGUAGCAAAACUUUAACUGCUGGUCACAAAUUUUUUUGCACAUUUAGAUUGUCCCUCAUCCUGCACUGGCAUAUUUACAAAACAUAACAGUUUGCACAUUUGCAAAAUAUAUUUGACAAAACAUGAUCAGAAAGCAUAAACCCAGCUAUUAUUUAGCUGCUUUCUAACAGCCAACUAGAGUCAGCAAGCUUCCUACAAAAAGUUUUUCUUGUGUUCUAAGACAUCUUUUAAUGAUUUCGUGAGGUGUGUGUAAGUAUACAUGUGAAUUUAUGGAGCUGGAUUUCAUUCUGGCAAAACCACUGGCAAAAUUCCCAUGGAGCUUCAAGGGAACAGCAUCAGCCCCUUAAUGUUUUAAUAGUUUUCUGACUUCUUAUUGGCUAAUGGACAAGCUACAGUAAGCAAAAUUGCUGUGAAGUUUAAAGUAAGCUCUCUCUGCCUUUAAUCAGAAAAAACCAAAACGUAGUCGGAGUCUGGCAAGCCUAGACAGUUUAGGACACUUCCUCACUUAUUUGUAGAGAAGAUUCAUGGAACAGUCGCACUCAUAAAAGAAGACUUUUUUUUUAUUUUUAUUUUUUUGUACAAGACAGAGUGAAAAGAUUGAUCUACAGUAGAGUGAAAUACUGGGACAAAUUUAAUAGAAUGGGCAUGGUGACACUUUUUGGUCUUGAUUCCAGCAUGGGACUCUGGACCAGAAUAUCUCCCACAUCUGCCAGCUCUGUCAUGAUAUUCUUUCUUGUGAAACAGUAUUUUCACUCCCAGGCCAAAGGAUCUCUGCUGGAAAAAACCACUACUGAAUGGAAUAAAUAUAAACAGGAAUGCUUGAAAAUGCUACAGGAAUCAACUAUAGAUACUGGAAUACAUUGCAAUGGGACAUUUGAUCAGUUUGUUUGCUGGCCUUACUCACCCCCAGGAAAUGUCUCUGUUCCUUGUCCUUCAUAUUUGCCAUGGUUGGAAAAUGGAAGCAUAGGACAUGUAUACAGAGUCUGCUUGGAUGAAGGGAUUUGGCAAACAAAGGAAAAUUCCACAGACAUUUGGCGGGAUAGUUCAGAAUGUUCUGAGCAAAAUCAUUUCAAAAAAAAAGAAGAAGAACAUAAACUACUUACCACAUUACAGCUGUUAUACACUAUAGGAUAUUACUUUUCUCUGAUCUCACUUGUAUUAGCUCUGAUUUUACUUUCUUUACUCAGAAAACUUCACUGCACAAGAAACUACAUCCAUAUGAAUUUAUUUGCAUCUUUUAUCUUGCGUGCCACAGCAGUUCUUAUAAAAGACACUGUAUACUACAAUAUUUACUCAAAGAGACCAAAUGAUGAAACUGGAUGGAUACUAUACCUCAGUCCAGAGAUUGUAAUAAUUUGCAGGACUGCCCAGUUUUUCAUGCAUUACUUUGUUGGGGCAAACUACUUUUGGCUAUUAGUAGAAGGAAUUUAUCUGCACACAUUAUUGAUAACUGUGGUACUCUCUGAAAGACGACUGCUGCAGACAUACAUUGUGAUAGGAUGGGUUGUUCCGAUCCUGUUUGUGGGCCCUUGGGGAAUAAGCAGAUCCAAACUGGAGAACACUGGGUGCUGGGGAACAAAUGAACACAUGGGAAUCUGGUGGAUCAUCCGAGGACCAAUGUUGUUUUCCAUUACAGUUAACUUUGGCAUCUUCUUAAAAAUUCUCAGGAUGCUGAUUUCCAAACUAAAAGCUCAGCAAAUGAACUUUCAUGACUACAAAUACAGAUUGGCAAGAUCUACGCUUGUGUUGAUUCCAUUGUUGGGCAUCCAUGAGUUUGUAUUUACCUUCAUCACUGAUGAACAGGUGGAAGGACUUCCAAGACAUAUAAGACUUUUCAUUCAGCUGACAAUGAGCUCAUUUCAUGGUUUUUUGGUAGCAGUUCUGUACUGCUUUGCUAAUGGAGAGGUGAAAGCAGAGCUCCAGAAGCAGUGGUCCCGUUUCCUGCUGGCAGAUCCCUUUGGCUGCAAACUCUGCUUUCUUGGGGAAAACAUAAAAUACCUCAGAAAAUGUUCACAGAAGCGAAAAAACCAGCAUUUCAGCAGCAAACACCGCUUGUGCCUGGAGGUGAGCAAACCCUGGGGCAUGCAGCUGCAGCAGGUGCUGGUGAGGCAGAGGACAGACUUCAACCUGGAGCCCUGCUCCGCACUCCCAUCCCACCCACGGACAAGCAUGUCAGACAGCAGUGAGGGAGAGGUCACCACUGGAGAGACAACUGAGGAAGUCUUUGAGGAAAGUGAGAUUUAGAAAGCUGUCCACUGGGACAGCACCUGCCAACAACCAGUGCUGUGAAAGAUCUUCUUUCACCUCCAGACUGUUCAGAGUUCUGGGAUGUGCAAUGCAAGGAGGAAGGAGUUAAUAUCCCAGAUGUUCCAGUUUUCCUAAUCUGAGAAAAAAUCGUAUCUGCAUGUUGCUAACCUGUGUGGCUGGGUAGAAGAGGUCUGAAUCAAAAAAUGCUCUCUGCUGACCAGUCUGGAAGGUAGCUGAUGCUGAGAGUGAUGUGCACAGGAAAGCAGGAUGUACUCUGGAAACAAGUAGACUCGGAAUGCGCAUUGUGUCCCAGCAGCUUCAUCCAUACAUGACUGCCCUUUGACUCACAUAAUAAAGAAGUUGUUAAUUUUUCUUUUUCA